AUGUCCGACAACACCGCUUCCCAAGGCCAAGGCGCAGACAACCCCAUCGCCCACACCAACGCAGCGCCAGCGAACGAUAGCGCGCAGCUCAAGGCCGCUCAAGACAAGAUCGCUCAGCUCCGCGACCAAGUCGAUCAGCUGAAGGAGGAUGCGGAGGAGCAGGAGCAGCGCAAAGCUGUGAUCACGCGCUUGAAGGGUGAGAACGGGCAGUUGAGAGCGUACAUUGUGCACUUGAAGGAGUACACCACGGAGUUGGAGGAGUACGGCGCGCAGUGGAAGGAGUACGCGGGACGAUUGAGGUUUAUGGGCGAUGUGUAUCUGAAUCGAUGCUUGGUGUUGAUUGCGAUCUUGCAGCGAUCCUUUCAGGAGUAA